AUGACUCGCCACCGCGACACUCCCAACUUGGUAACGCCACUGAUUAUCAACAAUGAAUCCAUAGUCACAGAGCUCAAAUUCGAGGUCCACGCUCCCGCAACCGGCGAACUGUCCGGCCACUGCGCCAGUGCCUCCCUCGAAGACGUCGAGCGCGCCGUCGCAACCGCCAAAGCAGCCUUCCCCGCCUGGGCCAAACUGAAGGCCUACGCUCGCCGCGAUAUCCUCACCAAUGCCGCCGAGAUCAUGCUCUCGCGCAAAGAGGAGCUCAUCGCCUACCAGCGUGAGGAAACCGGCGCUGGCCGUCCCUUCGCCGAGAAAACGUUCCACCUGGGCGUCGACUUCAUCAAGGACUUUGCGGCCCGCAUUCCCAGUAUCGAGGGCUCUGUCCCAAGCACCACCGUCGAGGGCGAGGGCGCGAUGGUCUUCAAAGAGCCAUACGGCGUUAUCCUGUCAAUAGCUCCCUGGAACGCGCCCUUCAUCCUGGGUACCCGCGCGGUUGCUCUGCCCCUGGCGGCGGGCAACACGGUCGUGCUGAAGGGCUCCGAGCUCGCGCCCAAGUGCUUCUGGGCGCUUGGCGAUAUCUUCCGCCAGGCGGGGCUGCCGGCGGGGUGUCUGAAUGUGCUGUUCCAUCGCGCGGCUGAUGCGCCGCAGAUCACGACCGCGUUGAUUGCGCAUCCUGCCGUACGCAAGAUCAAUUUCACCGGCAGCACGAAUGUCGGGGCUAUUAUUGCCAGUACGGCCGGUAAGUAUAUCAAGCCGGUGUUGUUGGAGUUGGGGGGCAAGGCGUCGGCUAUUGUGCUGGACGAUGCGGAUUUGGACAAGGCGGCGAUGAAGUGCGCUCUUGGAUCCUUUAUGCAUUCGGGGCAAAUCUGCAUGUCGACGGAGCGAAUCGUCGUCCAGCGCAGUGUUGCUGAGGAGUUCCGGAUAAAGCUCGCUGCCACGGCGGAGCAGUUGUUUGGUAAGGAUGCGCCGCCGCUUGUCUGCGUGAACGCGGCUGCUAUCUCGAAGAAUAAGAAAUUGGUCAGCGACGCGAUGGCGCAAGGUGCCAAUCUGUUGUACGGCGAGGUGACCGCUAGCGAGCCUGCCGAAACCAGCAUGCGGCCUAUCAUUGUGGAUGGAGUGAACAAAGGCAUGGAUCUUUACGCGACCGAGUCCUUCGGGCCGACCGUGUCGCUUUAUGUCGUGGAUUCGGAGGAGGACGCGCUUGCGCUCGCUAAUGACACUGAGUACGGUUUGACCUCUGCUGUUUUCACGAGUAACCUCUUCCGAGGACUGCGGGUUGCCAAGCAGAUUGAAGCUGGUGCGGUCCAUAUCAACUCUCUGACCGUGCAUGACGAGCCGGUCCUGCCGCAUGGCGGAUGGAAGAGCAGUGGCUUUGGCCGAUUUGGAGGUGCCUCUGGUUAUGACGAGUUCCUGCAGACGAAGACCGUGACCUGGGUGGAAUAG